AAGUUAUAAUGUCGGUAAUAAAUGAUUGGGAAAAGUAAAACUACCAAUGCACUUGAGGGCAUUCCUUGCAUAAUCAAAUCAAGAUGUAAAAGAGUCACACCUACAUGGACUAAGCCAACCGUAAAAUUACCUUCCAAACUCAGUAAAUUAACCAAUUAAGGAGAAAUAGUAACCAAAAUGGAGGCCGAGUGGGGCUUGGAUGACCCGUCCGCCUCCUACGGUCGCCAGCCCUCCGUUCCCAAUUCCUCGAUGGACUUGGGUUCGGAUAACGAGGUGGCCAGCAACUGGUCGGCGUUGGUCAACAUCACUCGACUGGUGGCUGCCGCCGCUCCGGAAAUCGCCAACUUUACGCUCAAUAUGCUGGACUUGAGUGUGGGUGGGGGUGUAAGUGCGGGUGUCGGUGUGGGUGUGGCCACGGAUAUAACCAAUCUGAGUGUUAGUACCACGCCCCUGCCCGCCUACGCGAUCGCCAAUAGCUCCUCGCUGGCCCACACGAACAACCUGCAUGAAUCCCCACCGAUGGCGGAACAGGUGCCCGAGCACGUCAUGGACCACGCCCCCCAAUUAUCCCGAUCCGGACUGCUCAAGGUGUAUGUCCUGACGGUGAUGGCACUCUUCUCCCUGCUGGGCAAUUUGCUGACCAUCUGGAAUAUAUACAAGACCCGCAUUUCGAGAAGAAACUCGAGGCACACGUGGAGCGCCAUAUAUUCGCUGAUGUUUCAUCUGUCAAUUGCCGAUGUCCUGGUCACCUGGUUCUGCAUAAUCGGGGAGGCGGCCUGGUGCUACACGGUCCAGUGGCUGGCCAACGAGCUCACCUGCAAGCUGGUGAAGCUCUUCCAGAUGUUCAGCCUCUACCUGAGCACCUAUGUCCUGGUGCUGAUUGGAGUGGAUCGGUGGAUAGCGGUCAAGUACCCGAUGAAGUCGCUCAAUAUGGCCAAAAGGUGUCAUAGGCUACUAGGAGGGACCUAUAUCCUGUCCUUGGUGCUCAGCUUGCCACAGUUCUUCAUUUUCCACGUGGCACGAGGACCUUUCGUGGAGGAGUUCUACCAGUGCGUCACCCACGGAUUCUACACGGCGGAUUGGCAGGAGCAGAUGUACGCCACCUUCACCCUGGUUUUUACCUUCCUGUUGCCUCUGUGCAUCCUGUUUGGCACCUACAUGUCAACCUUCCGGACCAUUUCAAGUAGUGAAAAAAUGUUCCAGGGAUCGAAGUUGGCCAACUAUUCCACGGCAAAGCUGCCCACGCAGACGAACCGCCAACGGCUGAUACACAAGGCCAAAAUGAAGUCGCUCCGCAUUUCGGUGGUGAUCAUCAUAGCCUUCCUUAUCUGCUGGACACCCUACUACGUCAUGAUGAUUAUGUUCAUGUUUCUCAAUCCGGACAAAAGGCUGGGCGACGAUCUGCAGGAUGCCAUCUUCUUCUUCGGCAUGUCCAACAGUCUGGUCAACCCGCUCAUCUACGGAGCCUUCCACUUGUGUCCUGGCAAAGGAGGCAAGUCGAGUGGCGGCGGGGCCAACAACAACGCCUACAGUCUGAACAGGGGCGACUCGCAGCGCACUCCAUCCAUGCUGACGGCGGUGACGCAGGUGGAUGGCACAGGUGGCAGUUCCCGCCAGAUGAGGGCCUUCCGCCAGCAGAGCUACUACCGGAGCUCGAGCAACGGAACAGGUGGAUCCGGUGCUGGUGUUGGUGGUGCCCCGUUCAAGGAGCAGGUGGGUCUGCUGCAUGUGGGUCCUGGCACGGGUCCCUCCGCUGGUGGUGGCUCCGUGUCCAGCAGUGCCACGCCGCAGGUCAUCAGGAAGGGUUCGGCGCUCCUGGCCCGCCAUCCCAGCUGCUUGCGGGAGCAGGAGCACCAACAACGACUCCUGCUGCAGGACAAGCCCUCCACCCUGGUCCUCAGCUACGACAGCCAGCGAGGGGGCGUGGGCGUGGGCGUGGCCAGCGGGCUGUUGGACAACAACGAGCGGGUGUCGAGCGUGUGAGAGCAGCUGGCGAUGGCGGCGGCGGCGUUGGCGACGACGGAUGCAGCGGAUGCAGAGGAUGCGGCGGAUGUGGCGACGGAGGACGCCUGCUCCUGCUGCCAUUGCCUGAGCAGGGAGCUGGUGCGACGGCAGCUAGAACUCCAAGAGCUUCCAGUGCAGUGAGGCGACUGCCAGAGGAUUUGAUCCCAGUGGUCCUGGGAAUGGAUUUCCCCAAAAAAAAGAUGGGAAAAGAGAGUGUGUGGAGGCGUCGAUGAUCAGAUCACCGGGGCGCGCAACUUGUGCUUAGUUAAUGCUAAUCGAGAGUUAAGUCUUCAAACACAAUGGGUGUGCUUAGUACUCCUAAGUAGGAUUAGAGCUAGUCCGUAUGGAAUGGUUGCCCUACACUGGGAGAAACUCAAGGUCAGGUUAGAAACCUUAAAAAAGUCACAUAUUUGGUGCCUGAUUUUUCGGAGCAGUUUUUAAACCAGUCUGGCUAAAUGGUCCGAAUCGGUUUUGAUUAAAAUACCUUUCAUUUAGGUUACCCAAUAAUUCAUUAAAAUACUAAAGAGAUAAAGAAAAUUAUUUUAUUAUUAUUUAUAAUAUUAAGUUUAUAAAAAUUAGACUUUAUGUUAGCAAACUUAAAACAUAUAGUUAUCUAACAUAUUGCUCUUUGGCCCACAAAUCAGGUUGUGAAAUAAGGUUAAUCCCCUAAAAUAAAAUGUUUUCUUAUUUCGCUAUAAGUUGAUUUUAUUAGAAGCUAAUAAACUACAUUAAUUGCUUUUAUAAGCAAAGUGCAAUCAGGCCAGCUCAAACGCGAUUUCAACUUAAAUGAUUUUUUAAUUGGUUAAUUAAUGUAAAGACUUUAAAUGAGCUUCUCCCAUUAGCAGGGCAACAUUGUAAAGUUAAUUAAAAACAUAUAUGUACGUUUUUCAAUUUGUUUGUUCAAUCCCGUUACUCAAAAAUCAAUUUUCUAAUUGUGUGAAAUAUCAAAAGCCAAAAACAGGGUAAAAAUAAAAUUGUAAAUAUACGAAAUUUAUUAUUUUCCAAAGAAAUUGUGCUUGCCACAUCUUUCAUAUAAUGUUAAAACUACUGUAAAAAAGUUUGGAAUAAAAAUGAGUUCUUGUUCAUAAUAGUAAGAUCUACAAUUUAAGAUUACCCAUUAUUUUAUUUAAUUUAAGAAACUUACCAAAAUAUUAUCUAGAAUCCAACUUCAUGUUCAUAUCUUAUAAUUUCCAAUUAGUGUUUAGUUAAUUUUCGUUUCAAAGUCUCAAGGUCCCUUCACUUAGAAUCGUAUUUUUCGCUUGUACAUGGCACUCUCCCAAAGGAAUCCACAAUUUACGACCAACUGGAAAUAUCAGCUAAAGCCGGAGUUACUUUAAACGAAUUACACUGAACACCACAAUUCAAUUUGGCCGAAAAGUCCCUCGAGGCGAACGGAUGUACUUGUGACGAUUCCGGAGGAUGGAGCAUACACACAUACGUCAUUAAAGGAAUCCACUGCAUUAUGGGAACGGUUGAGUUUCCACAAAUCCGCAUGUUUUUACGCUCAUCAUCUAUCCUAUCAUCCCGUUUGCAUAUUCAUGUGCUUGUACUCCGCAACUUCGGUGCGUACUUAUGUAUAAAUAAUCUGUGUCAAAUUUGUAUAGUUUAUUUUUUAAUAAAACCCGAAUGAUCCUUGCGAAACUUUA